AUGGGAAGAGAAGAACAAGUUGAGGAGAGGGAGGUCCUCGAUAGUAUUUUCCCUGAUGAGAUUCAUGAUAUAUCCGAGACGGAAUAUCGAGUAUCGGUUCUACUAGAUGUCACAAACGAAGAUGGCGAUGAUUCGGAACCUCCUACUAUGCUCCUGCAAGUCAAAUACCCAGAAGAAUAUCCUGAAGAACCACCUAUUCUAGAUUUACUCCCAACACCUAAUGCGCCCAUUCAUCCAUAUUUCAGCGUCGCAACUGAUAAACAACUCCUUCUCGAUGGAUUAACCGAGACAAUCGAGGAGAAUUUGGGGAUGGCCAUGGUGUUUACAUUGGUGUCUACUUUGAAAGAAAAUGCAGAGCAACUUAUUGCGCAAAGACAGGAAGCGAAGGAGAAAGAACAUGAGGAGAAAUUGUUGGCUGUAGAAGCCGAGGAAAAUAAGAAGUUCCACGGAGAGCCAGUUACGCGAGAGUCAUUCAUGAAGUGGAGAGAGGCGUUCCAAAAAGAGAUGGAGGAGAUUAAGCUUAAGGAGGAAGCAGAGGAAGAAGCGGCCGAGAAAAAGAAGAAUAAGGGCAAGGACGCCGUUGUUGCACUCACUGGGAGACAACUUUGGGAGAGAGGCAUGGCUGGAAAGGUUGAGGAAGAUGAGGAUUAUGAUGAUGUGCCUGUUGAGGGUGUAGAUAAGUUGAAGGUGGAGGCGUGA